CCAUUUUGGACAAUUCUGUCACGAAAAAGGAGAGCUCCACCCACGCGCUGCUGCAGAAAAUGGAUCUAUAAAACAGUGGACUCUCUUCUCCUCUUGAUCUCUCUCUGCGCCAUCACCUUCUCUUCCUCGUACACGAAUAUCACUGCACUCCGCUGCGAUCGAAACUGCAAGCUGUUCAUAUCCAAAAAAGAUUCCUCGGAUUCAUGGCGAGCGAAACAGACGGCAUCAAGUUCGAGCAGAGGCACGGGAAGACCAGGGUGAGGGUCGGCAGGGUUUGGAAGCGAUCGGAUGGCAGCCAUUCGUUUGUGGAGUGGAGCGUCAGCGUCAGUCUCCUCUCCGAUUGCCUACCCGCCUAUUUCAACGGCGAUAACUCCCACAUCGUCGCCACUGAUACCAUGAAGAACACCGUGUAUGUCAAAGCGAAGGAGUGUUCGGAGCAGAUUUCAAUGGAGGACUUUGCAAUUGGACUUGGCAAGCACUUUACAACCUUCUAUCAGCAGGUUACUGCUUCCAUCAUCAAGAUAGUAGAAAAGCCAUGGGAACGAAUGGUUAUAGAUGGUCAACCACACAAGCACGGUUUUAAACUUGGAUCCGAGAAACAUACAACUGAAGUUAUAGUAAAGAAAUCUGGUGCUCUGAGGGUGACUUCUGGCAUCGAAGGAUUGGCAUUGCUGAAGACUACCAAGUCAGGUUUUGAAGGAUUCAUAAGGGACAAAUACACAAUAUUACCCGAAACACGCGAGAGGAUGCUGGCAACGGAGGUGACUGCAUCAUGGAUGUACUCUUUGGAAUCUGUCUCUAGCGUGCCUUCAAAGCCAUUUUACUUCAGUGAGAGGUUCCUGGAUGUGAAAAAAGUUUUGGUUGAUACUUUCUUUGGUCCUCCAAAGGAAGGAGUAUACAGCCCAUCUGUCCAAAGGACUCUUUAUGAAAUGGCGGAGGCUGUUCUUGGAAGGUUUCCUGAUGUAUCAUCUAUGCAAUUGAAAAUGCCAAAUAUUCAUUUCCUUCCAGUUAAUCUAUCAAACAAAGAGAAUGUUAUUGUCCAGUUCAAAGAUGAUGUGUAUUUACCAACCGAUGAACCCCAUGGAACAAUUGAAGCGAGCUUGAGCCGCAUCAGGUCCAAGAUGUAAAUCAAAUAGUUGUGCGCUCUCUUCUUUGCUCGUCCGUCCUCAAAAUAACCGAUGCAGACUUCAUAUCCUGUAUCUUGGAGGAAGCAAUGCGAGCGGGAUUGAUGAUCUUUUAAUAACAGGAUUUCAGCUGGAAAUGUAUGUUACAGUAGUCUAGUCUUGCAUGAUGGCUGGUUCACCAGUGAAAUAAGCUAUUUGAGCUCGACCAAUGUUUCUUUUUAAAGCUCCUUUGAAAUUGACUCAUCUUGUUGUAUAUAUAAGUCGGGUCUUGAACAA